AUGGAAACUGUACAGAAGAGAAAUUAUUAUGAUGUUAUUGCAGGUUUAUCAGCAUUUGAAAAGUCAAAUGAUGUAACUUUAAGUAAUGAAGAGUUGAGAGAAUUGACUACAAUUAAUGACAAAGAUGGUGACGAUGAGUUACAGUCAAAUGAAAAUGAAGAAAAUUUAAAGAAUGACGAAGAAAAGGGUAAAAUGGUUGUUCAUGGUUAUUUGGGUGGUAAAGUUGAUCUUUCAGAAGCUUCAAAUGCUACUUAUGAUUUAUCUCAUACUCUUCUUGGAGGUUAUGUGCCAAAAAAACAAUUAGAAUCAUUAUCAAGUAUUGAUUUUGCUCAUUAUUUCCAUAAAUCUCUAGAAUGCGAAAACGCUUUAGAAGUAUAUGAUUUAUUAGUAGGUAAUGAGUACAGACAUGUUCAACAACAACAAUAUAGAAGUGAUUCUCAGAAUAAAGAUGGGAAUGUUAGAAAAGUUGUGAUAUGUAAGAAUUGUAAAUCAAGAUUCACAGGACCAAACAGAAUGAAAUCACUAUAUAAACAUAAUUGUAAUAAUACUAAAUAA